GACUGGGCAGCUACGAUCUCAUUUACUUACGUCUAACGCAAAUCACGGGGCACCGGGAGCCUGGGCGUCGGUAUAAGUACCCUGCGCUCCCGUCCCCGUCCCUCUUACCUUCCUCCUCCCUUCCUCCUCGCCUCCAUCCAACGUUAACCAUGCACCUCCUCAAGCUCCGCGCGCGUGUGGCCGCGCGCCCCGCCCUCGCGGCAGCACGAGCUCGUCUCCUCGCGACGCAUGCCGCGCCCCCCGCGCCGGGGAUACGGAGCGUCGCCCCGAGCCAGGCGGAGCGCGCGGCGGGGCGGCUCGCGCCGAGGCAUAUGCAGACGGCGCUGGAGGCGCUGCACGAAGACGGGAUCGUGAUGCUCGAGGGCGUGGUGAGCCACGCGCAUCUGGAUAAGCUGAACGAACGCAUGGUGCGCGACGCGGAGUACCUCUGCUCGCGCGAGAACUCGCCGUUCAACUACAACCGCGACAACAUCCAGCAGGACCCGCCGCCCGAGCCGGGGAUGUGGUUCGAGGAUAUUUUCGUGAACCCCUUGGCGGUGGACGUGACCUCUGCGCUGCUGGGCGGAAGGCCGAAGAUGACGUUCUGCUCCGGGAAUACGGCGCUCAAGGCGACGGAGAGCCAGCCGGUGCAUACGGACGCGGACUUUGCGCACCCCAAGAUCCCGUUCGCGCUCGUGGUUAACGUCGGGCUGGUGGACAUGACGCCGGAGAACGGGUCCACAGAGCUGUGGCUCGGCACGCAGAACAUGGCGCAGCCCGACUCGCAGGUGUCGCUGCACGGCGACCGCGCGUCGGGGAGGAUCCGCGAGGAGCUGCUCGCGCGGCGCAAGGCCGAGGCGCCGGAGAAAGGCCCGUUCCAGCCGGUGGUACCGAAGGGGUCGAUCGUGCUGAGGGAUUUGAGGUUGUGGCAUUGCGGGAAGCCGAAUAGGACGGAUGUGCCGAGGGUGAUGUUGGCGAUGAUACAUUUCGCGCCGUGGUACCGGAACCAAAUGCGUCUGGAGUUCCCAAAGGGCAUGGAGCUGCUCCUGGCGAACCCGCUGCUGGAUAUGCCUGCGGACUUUGUGGACCCGCCGGUGAAGUACCUCGACCGCGCGUUUGGGAACGCGUACGAUUUCGGCCAGAGGGAUUGAGCUCAUGAUCAGGGGGUGCCAGGGAGGAUCGGGAGGACGGCGCAAGGCGGAGACGACAGGGGUGUCGUUUCUCUUUUCAUUAUCAUCAUCGGCGUGUGCACGCAGUAGCUUGCCUUGCUAUAAAUUGUAUCAUACAUCAGACGGUCAAGCAGCCAGCCAAUGUUCCAAGUACGGUGUCGU